GUGGAGAGUGCGACCAACAACAGUUCCGCUGCCCCAACAGCCAGUGUGUGCUAGCGGGCAACGUGUGCGACUCCCAGUGUGACUGUAGCGAUUGUGCCGACGAGAGCGACUGUGGACACAUCUAUACCCGCGUGUCCGGUGUGGCGGUGUGCGAGGUCGGGGCGUCCAUCACGUGUGUGGUGUCAGCCUCCCAGCGUCACAAGGACAGGUGUUUGGCUGCCAACCGUCUCUGUGACGGCCUCAACCACUGUCACAACGGCGACCAGCUGUCCGAUGAAACGGGAUGUCGACAAAGGGACGAGUGUGUGGGGACAGGAGAAGACGGGUCGUGGUUCCACUGCUCGGAGGGACGGUGCAUUUCGGCGCGUCUCCGUUGUGACAGAAAAUUUGACUGUCUAUAUGGAGAGGACGAGAAGGACUGCCCGGUGGUGGAGUGCCAGGAGAAGGAGUGGCAGUGUGCCAGUGGGCAGUGUGUACAACUGGCUGACAGAUGUGACCUUCACUUCCACUGCCUCGAUAAAUCGGACGAACUGAACUGCAGUGAUCACCCAUGUGGGCCAGGACAGGUCAAGUGCCACACGGGUCAGUGCCUCCCACAGAGCUACUGGCGCGACCACAUCCCAGACUGUCCUGAUAAGUCCGACGAAAUCUUCUCUGAGAAGGAGAUCUCCGGGUGUGUGCCGGGAGCGUUCCGUUGCGCUACGAGCGGUCAGUGCAUCCCUGCCGAGCGGCGCUGUCUGCUCUCCCGUGACCGGCACCUUAGCUGCGCUGACGGCUCCCAUCUCCUCGACUGUAAGCUUCUACAGUGCCCCGCGGGAAUGUACAAGUGUCUCUCUGGCCCCUGCCUGGACGCCUCCAGGAAGUGUGAUGGAAUCAUCGACUGCCCGGAGACCUGGGACGACGAGGACUUUUGCCGUAGGUCUCUCUCU